CUGGGAACUGUAGACGAGGAGCCAUCCUCAGUGACUGGAAGAAAAGACUCCCUGAGUAUCAACCUGGAGUUUGUGAAGGUCAGCUUAUCCAGGAUGAGGCGCACCGGGGGCCCCACCUUCAUCGAAAGCUUCAUCCCUGCUAAAGGGGGCAAGAUGGACACCACCCUCAUCAACAUCUCAGCUGUGUGCGACAUAGGCUCCGCCUCCUUCAAGUACGACAUGCGGCGCCUGAGCGAGAUCCUGGCGUUCCCCAGAGCCUGGUACCGGCGCAGCAUCGCCAGGCGCCUCUUCCUCGGAGACCAGACCAUCAUCCUCCCAGCAUCUGGUCCGGCGACCCCAGACUCUGCGGAGAACAUCACGCAGCACCUCUCCCCGGAGUCCAGCCGGAAGGCCUACUGGGGCACCUGGGACCGCGGCUCCGGGUCUCAGCACCUGCCCCAGUCCCCCAGCGUGUUCUCAGAGCACAGCAGCGUGUCCCCGGGGGGCCCCGGCCUCCUCAGGUCUCCGGCCCCCGGACGCACCCGCAGCGUCUCCGACUCCGCCGCGCCCCGGAGAGCCGCCUCCCCUCCAGGCUCAGUGACCAAAACCUCCACCCCCGCCUUCGGGAAGAACGGGAAGGCGGCGGGGCCGCAGGGGUCUCCCUGGGAGACGCUGGUGGUGUUCGCCAUCAACCUGAAGCAGCUCACCGUGCAGAUGAACAUGAGCAACGUGAUGGGCAACAACACCUGGACCACCAGCGGGCUGAAGAGCCAGGGCCGGCUCUCCGUCGGCAGCAACCGCGACCGAGAGAUCAGCAUGUCGGUGGGCCUGGGCCGCUCCAAGCUGGACUCCAAAGGGGGGGUGGUGGGCGGCAACAUCGACGUGAACACCCUGGAGAUGGUCUCCCACAUCUCAGAACAUCCCAACCAGCAGCCCAGCCACAAGAUCCAGAUCACCCUGGGCUCCACCGAGGCCCGCGUGGACUACAUGGGCUCCAGCAUCCUGAUGGGCGUCUUCAGCAACGCCGACCUGAAGCUGUGGGACGAGUGGAAGGUCAACCUGUGCUCGGCCGACACCAGCAUGUCUGAGAAGAGCGUGAUCUUUGUGCACGGCGACCUGCAGUGGGACAUCUUCCAGGUCAUCAUCUCCCGCUCCACCACGCCGGACCUCAUCAAGAUCGGCAUGAAGCUGCAGGAGUUCUUCACGCAGCAGUUCGACACCAGCAAGCGGGCCCUGUCCACGUGGGGCCCCGGGCCCUACCUGCCCCCCAAGACCCCCAUCAUCAACACGGAGAAGGGCUCCACCGAGCUGUACAUGGACGCCGCCCACCACCGCCACUGGCCCGGCGUGCUGAAGGUCAUCGCCGGCUGCCACAUCUCGCUGUUCCAGAUGCCCCUGCCCGAGGACGCCGUGCAGCUGGGCGGCUCCAUGAGUCUCCAUGGCAACCACAUGACGCUGGCCUGCUUCCACGGGCCCAACUUCCGCUCCAAGUCCUGGGCGCUGUUCCACCUGGAGGAGCCCAACAUCGCCUUCUGGACGGAGGCCCAAAAGAUCUGGGAGGACGGCUCCACAGACGAGUCCACCUACAUCGUGCAGACGCUGGACUUCCACCUGGGACACAACACCAUGGUGACCAAACCCUGCGGCGCCCUGGAAAGCCCGAUGGCCACCAUCACCAAGAUCACCCGCCGGCGCCACGAGAACCCGCCGCACGGCGUGGCCACCGUCAAGGAGUGGUUCAACUACGUCACCGCCAUGAGGAACGAGGAGCUCAACCUGCUGAGGAACGUGGAGGCCAACAACCAGGAGAGCGGGGUGGCGGCCAAAAGCUCCAGCCUGCUGAGCAGCUUCCGCAGCUCCUCCAGCUACAACCACGAGACCGAGACCAUCUUCGCCCUGCCCCGGAUGCAGCUGGACUUCAAGUCCAGCCACGUCCAGGACCCCGAGGAGCCCUCGCUGACCGACUCGGACAGCAAACCCAAAGUGGAGUGCAGCGUGGUGACCGAGUUCACUGACCACAUCUGCGUGACCAUGGACGCCGAGCUCAUCAUGUUCCUGCACGACCUGGUGUCGGCCUACCUGAAGGAGAAGGAGAAAGCUCUCUUUGCUCCUCGGAUGUUUGCCGCCCGCCCCGCGCAGAAGAGUCCGACCGCCCUGCACGACGGCGCCGGCGGCAGCAGCGCGGAGAGCAAAGAGGAGGGCAUCAACUACACCACCGUGGACUGGAGGGAGUUCAUGUGCAACACCUGGCAGCUGGAGCCCACGCUCAGGCUCAUCUCCUGGACGGGCAGGAAGAUCGACCCGGUCGGGGUGGACUACAUCCUGCAGAAACUGGGCUUCCACCACGCCCGGACCACCAUCCCCAAGUGGCUGCAGAGGGGCGUCAUGGACCCGCUGGACAAGGUGCUGUCCGUGCUCAUCAAGAAGCUGGGAACCGCCCUGCAGGACGAGAAGGACAAGAAGGGCCGAGACAAGGAGGAGCACUGA